UUCAUGGCUCAUCUCUGUCUCUAGUCUCUAGCACAUCGUCAGUUUACUCUACGCCUGAGGAAAAGUCUCAAACGGAGAUCCGUAAGCUGCGGAGGGAACUGGACGCGUCGCAGGAGAAGGUCUCGGCGCUCACAACACAGCUCAGUGCCAAUGCUCACCUUGUGGCGGCUUUUGAGCAGAGUUUAGGAAACAUGACCAUCCGACUGCAGAGCCUGACGACGACGGCAGAACAGAAGGACACAGAGCUGAAUGACUUGAGGAAGAACAUUGAGCUCCUUCAGAAGCAGAACUCAGCGACUCAAGCCACCAUCAAUGGAGUCAUUAACACACCAGACCCAACAUUAACAAACCGCAAGGUUUCUCUUGAUUCUGUCAACGGGUCGCCUCAGUCCCAGCGGGAGUUGCGGAUCCACAGGCAGCCCUCCUCAGACAGCGUCUCCAGCAUGACCAGUGCCACCAGCCACUCCAGCAUCGGCAGCAACCUAGAGCUGGAUGCUAAGAACAAGAAGAAGAAGAAAAACUGGCUGCGGAGCUCCUUUAAACAAGCAUUUGGGAAGAAAAAGUCUCCUAAAUCGGCGUCUUCUCACUCGGACAUUGAAGAGAUGACCGACUCUUCUAUGCCAUCUUCACCCAAACUCCCCUAUAACGGCUCAACGGCCUCUUCUCCAAUGAUACGCAACUCCCAUUCCAACUCCCUUCCUCAACUGUCCUCGCUGCCUGCAGACGGGCCUGUCUGGGGCUGUAGCAGCAAGUCCAUGAGGUCUGCCUCACUGGCACGGAUUUCAGAGUGCACGGACAGCGAGGCUGAAACAGUCAUGCAGUUGCGCAGUGAACUGCGUGAUAAAGAAAUGAAACUCACAGACAUCAGAUUGGAGGCUCUCAGCUCCGCCCACCAAUUGGACCAAUUACGAGAGUCCAUGAACCGCAUGCAAAUUGAGAUUGAGAGGCUGAAAGUGGAGAAUGACAGAUUAAAGAUGGAGAGCCAAGGCAGUGGCAGCAGAGCUCCUUCUCAGAUGUCCAUCUCCCCUUGUUCUGUGGGCCUUUCUUCUCAACUCAGCCUCACAGAAUCCACCAGCUUAGAUAUGUUGCUAGAAGACAGUGGAGAUGGAAGUUCCUGGAAAGAGGGACAGCAUGUGAAGGUCGUGGUCAGUCUGGAGAAAGAUCCAGAGUGGAAAGAGGAGUGCAGACCCUCUCAGUUCUUGCUGGGAUGCAUCGGUGUCAGUGGAAAAACCAAAUGGGAUGUCCUAGAUGGCGUAGUCAGACGACUCUUUAAGGAAUAUAUCAUCUACGUAGAUCCUGUCACGCAGCUGGGUCUGAACACUGACAGUGUGAUGGAGUACAGCAUUGCAGACAUCCAUCGUGCCAGUGAUGCAGACACACCAGAACUCCUGCCAUGCGGUUAUCUUGUGGGAGAAAGCGACACCAUCUCAGUCAAGCUGAAAGACUUGUCUGUCAACAGUGAGGACAGUUUGGCGUUCGAGACGCUCAUUCCGAAGCCAGUUCUGCAGCGAUACAUCUCUCAGCUGGAGGAGCACAGACGAAUCAUCUUUUCAGGGCCUUCUGGGACAGGGAAGAGCUUUCUAGCCAGCAGACUGGCCGAGUACUUGGUCCUGAAAGAGGGAAAACAGCUGGAACAUCAAGCAAUCGCCACUUUCAAUGUGGAUAACAAAACUACUAAGGAGCUGAAGCAGUACUUGUCCAACCUGGCAGACGUGUGUAAAACCAAUGCACAUGCUGUUGACAUACCUGUGGUGCUUAUACUAGAUAACCUUCACCAUAUCACCUCACUGGCUGAGAUUUUCAAUGGCCUGCUCAACUGCAAGAACCACCAGUGUCCUUACAUCAUUGGAACCAUGAAUCAAACCCCGUCACCAACUCCAAAUCUACAGCUUCAUCAUAAUUUCAGAUGGGUUUUGUGUGCCAAUCAUAUGGAGCCACUGAAAGGUUUUCUGGGUCGGUACCUGCGACGGAAGCUUCUAGAAACCGAGAUCAGCAGUCGUGUGAGGAACGGCGAGCUAGUUAAGAUCAUUGAGUGGAUCCCAUGUGUUUGGCAUCAUCUCAACCGCUUCCUGGAAACACACAGUUCUUCUGAUGUCACAAUUGGACCUCGACUCUUUUUGUCCUGCCCAAUGGACGUUGAAGGCUCAAGAGUGUGGUUCACUGAUCUGUGGAACUACUCCAUCAUCCCCUACAUGCUGGAGGCGGUCAGAGAAGGGCUGCAGACGUAUGGCCGUAAGGCAUCAUGGGAGGACCCAGCGAAGUGGGUGAUGGAGAGCUUCCCUUGGGUGGCAAGUCCACAGCAACACGAGUGGCAUUCCCUGCUGCGUCUUCGACCAGAGGACGUUGGGUUCGACGGGUACUAUAUAUCACAGGAGGGCAGUCCUCGCAAGCAGCCUGCUCAGGGAAAAUCAGAAGACGACCCACUGAUGAAUAUGUUAAUGAGGUUGAAGGAGACGGCUCACUGCGGAGGGACAGAGAGCUACGACAGCGAUUCCACCAGCAACAGUCACCAAGAUGACACGCUGGACUCUACUGAGACUUUUUAAUAUCAGAUUUGUCUUUCAUAUGAAUCUACAUGGUGCUGGUAACCUGUAAAACAGGGUGCCGGAAACCCUGAAAAAAUCAGUAUUGAUUAGUAAGUCACAUCACAGCCUAAUCAUCACCUGAAAUGCAAGAAAAAACAUGUUCAAGAGGUUUAAUAUUCAUCAAAGAUCGUCAUUUCCUGAAAUCGACACUAGAUGGUGGUAUAAAUGUGUUCAAAAAGGAGAUAAACCUAGUUGAGAUGUAGCAACUCCCAAGACUUGCCAAUUCUUGUUUAUUUACAGUCAUGUAUUAAACUUUCUAAAUACUAUCUAAUGUUGGGUGACUUAUGUACUUGUGAAAAACUUUGGUGCUGAACUUUAUAAUAAUGCCUUACAAGACUUGAGACAGGCUAGCGUAUGUCUUAAAGAUCUAUAACUUUAUACAAAUGCAAAUAAUGCAAGGAAAUUAUACACUUCCGAUAGUGUACUAUCUGUGGGACCUGACAGAAAUAUAUAGUUAAAUAUGAACCGUAUUGUGGUUGCUUUUCACCAACAAAAAGGUAUUUUGGUAACACUUGCAUAACAUAAAGAGCUGUUUGGAAAAGUAUUGAUAAUAUUAAAGCAAAUUUUGUGCCAGGAGCAUAGUUUGUGCCUCUUUAUCUAUUACAGUAUUCUCUAUGCAAUAUUGUUACAUUAAAAUAAUAUUUAACUUCAUCACAACAGACUCUCUGGUAAACAUUUAGUCAACAACAGAAAAGGUUUUACCAAGCAAUCUCUAUUAAUAAAAACUAUUACGGGCAAUAUAGUGGCAUUUUUGCAAUACUGUUGAUAUCAGGAAGACUUGAAACCAAAACUUACUAACUUUUAUAGAUUCUUAUAAAUCUACAAGGACAGCUGCAUAAAAUGAGCUUUGUUCAGUGGGAGAGUAUGUUUUUCUAAAAAUACUUAAGGGGAGAAAGGACCUUCUAUUAUUGGAAUUAUUAAGGUCUAUGCUGAAGAUCUUGGGGGAGUUAUACAUUCGAAAUGAUUUGGCACAAGAAUCUGUGUGAUGUGCUUUAAUCUGAAUAUCUGGGGUUAGUGUGUCUUGCUAAUGUGGCAAACAAUUACAUGAAGUCCAAAUGGAUUACUGAGAGAUAUUUUAUUUGAAAGACAUUUUGUUUAACUAGAAAAAGAAAUUUGUCAAAGGUUCAUUUUAAAAUAAAUUUCUACAACAUGUUUUAAUAGAAGACCUUAUGCAGUAUUUCUUUCUUUCUUUCUUUUUUUUGUUAGAUCUCACCAAAUAAUUAGCUGUGCUUUAAGUACGGCCAAGAUUUUUAUUUCUUCAACACAUGAAAACUUUUGUGUGGAAAACAAUUAAAUGUUUAUAAUUAAUAAUAAUAAUAAUAAUAAUAAAUAAAGCAAAUAGUGUCUACUUUCCCAUAAAUUGCUGAUAAUUUUAGAAAACAAAAGACUGAAUUUUGAUUGAGUUUGUGUAUAUUUUCAGUUGUAAUAUAUUGUAAAUAUUUUCCUCAUGUUUUAUUUGUUUCUGUAGUCUUUAAGAGGAAUUGUUUCAUGUAAAGUUGUUUUUGAUGAUUAAUGACUUUCUUCAUUGUCAAUUUAGUGACUGCAUGUGACCCUUUGGAAUAAAUGUGAUUAUUUUCCUCUCAAA